GUUUUAAAGCCUUACUUAAGUGCCUGUCGGGGAGGUUCUGCAGCCGAGAGCUGAUUGGAAUCAUGGGACCCUCAGGGGCUGGCAAGUCAACUCUGAUGAACAUCCUGGCUGGCUACAGGUGAGAGGGCUGCUAUCAUUCUUUUGCGUAGUUUUUUGUUUUAAAGGAGAAUGGAAGACCACUCUACCGUACGUAUAUUUGAACGUUUUAUUCAGAUAUAUCAGAAAGGAGAGGGAGAUAGGUGUAACAGGGUAAAGGGUUGAGGCAGGGGUCCCCAUUUUCAACGAACACCUCGUCCCAAAUAGAUGUGAUUGGAAUGUUAACUCAUUGUCUUUGUUUACAAACUUCUGCCUCCACACAUAACAUUAUUGUUGUAAAAAACUGGAAGCAUCUACAGUAACUGUGAGGAAGAUCUAGUACCUAGUAGUAUGUUUUCACAGUACCCAAAACCAUUUUGGGAUGUUUUAAAUAAUUGUGUGAUGUGUUUGACCAUGGGAAAAGAGCCACAGUGGAAAUAAAAGUAUGAUCAUGUGGGUUUGAUGGAAUUUAAUCAAUGUGUUUAUGAUCAAUCAUCAUGUCACUGCACCAGGAGUAGUCAAAUUAAUAUGUUUGUAUUAAUUCAUUCUCCACUCCUGUGUGUCCUCCUUAGGGAAACAGGCAUGAAAGGGAAGAUCCUGGUGAAUGGGAAACCCAGAGAUCUCCGCACGUUUCGUAAGAUGUCCUGUUAUAUCAUGCAGGAUGACAUGCUUCUGCCGCACCUCACUGUCCGGGAGGCCAUGAUGGUGAGAGAACAGGGUCGUGUUCAUUAGGGCACACAGUGGAAAACAUUUUUUAAUUUUUUUAAAACUGAAAACAAAAAUCAUUAUUGGACAAAUCUAGGUAGUCCCUCCCUGUUUCAGUCCGUUUUCUUCCGUUUGGUGCCUAAUGAACAUCACCCAGACACAUGUUCUUAUUGGGAGAAUAGGUUGUUUGUUUAUGGUUUGUUAUUAUGCAGUAAUGAUGGACUAAUGUGAGGUGUAGAAGAAAGUGGUGACUGCUGCCAUCCACUGGAUGUACUGCAGGGUGAAUAGUGGAAAUCGUACAUUUGCAGUGGAUAUCGUACAUUGUCAUGACUAAAACGUAGCUAAAUUACUGUAUUCUAUGGAUUUGAUGUUGUUUCAGGUUUCGGCCAACUUGAAGCUCAGUGAAAAUAUGGAAGUGAAAAAAGAACUGGUGAGUUGGACAGAAAUUAACAACUUGCAGAUGUGUGAAAUUAUACAUACGACUGUGAUUUGUGUUUACCUACUAAUGGUAGAAAAUGUGUGUGUGUGGGUGCGUGUUUGUGCGUGCGUGUGUGUGUAGGUGAAUGAGAUCCUGACUGCUCUAGGGCUCCAGGAGUGUGCUCACACCCGCACCAGCUCCCUAUCUGGGGGGCAGUGUAAACGGCUGGCAAUCGCCCUUGAGCUAGUCAACAACCCCCCAGUCAUGUUCUUUGACGAGCCAACCAGGUAAGAGGCUCACCAUGUCCACCUGAUCCGUCAACUAUGGGACAAGAUACGCCCUUGUACAUUCUUGUUGGUGGUGUAUUGUGGCAGUGUUACUUGAUCUAAGUCCUGGAGGGCUUUCAGAUAUCAAGAUUUCAGUCCAUUUGAGAUAACAGGGCCUGGAGGAAAAACUCCUGGUCAUACUUGUAACGUAUGCGCUUGGAGUCAGGAAGCAGGUGCAGAAGGUACGUUUAAUGAUAAGCGAAGGCAGAUAAACCAAACAGGAGAAGCGUACUGAACGUGAACAAAACCAAUACUGCCUAAUGACUGAGGCUACUGAGGGCUAAAUAAAGGGAGAGUAAUCAAGGUGAUGAUGAGGUCCAGGUGUGCGUAACGAUGGUGCCAGGACCACUGGUUAGUAGACCGGCGACGUCGAGCGCUGGAGAAGGGCAGCGGGAGUAGGCGUGACACUACUGAUGACGUAACAUGACCUCCACCUCUACCAUGGAUCAAAUCCCUCUUGCUCCUACAGAAUAUGUGAAAUGUAGCCAUGCACUGAAAGCGCCUUUCUAACUGCCCCUCAAGGGUGAAUAAAGUUGUAUGGAAUUGAAUUAAAUUGAAUUUUUUUAGCCAUCAGUAGCCUGAGUUUUGGGGCUUGAGUAAAUUGGACAUAAACCCGUAGUGUUAUACAGUACAUUCCAUAUUCGUUUGAAAUAGAGGUUGUUUCUCAUCUACCGGUAUCCUGCUGGUCCUGCUUCCCUAACCCUCUCCUGUUGUUUCCAGUGGUCUGGACAGUGCUUCCUGUUACCAAGUGGUUUCCCUCAUGAAAUCUCUAGCCCUGGGGGGACGCACCAUCAUCUGCACCAUCCACCAGCCCAGCGCCAAGCUCUUUGAGAUGUUUGAUAAGGUACAAACAGGCCCCUCUCUGUCCACUUCAAUCCAUCAAAUGAUUAGACAACACAUUAACAAUGAGAGACAAUACAGAGCCGUGGCAGUUGUCCCCUGGGUGUAGGGAGGAGUUUUUCCUAACCACGUAACCCGACCAGACCAGAAGAAUUCCAGGCCCCCCUAGCUGUAUUCUAUAAAAGCCCUGAGUUUUUUCUGGUAGGGUCACGUGAUCAGGAAAAACUCAGGUCCCCACCCACGGACCAGCUGUGUCUUUCUCUCCACCUGAUGUGUUGUCUUGUCCUUCCACAGCUGUACAUACUGAGUCAGGGCCAGUGCAUAUACAAAGGCACCGUCCCAUACCUCAUCCCCUAUCUGAAGAACCUAGGGCUCCACUGCCCCACCUACCACAACCCGGCAGAUUUCAGUGAGUUCAAUGGGACCUCAGAACAGAGCACACAUACUUAAUAUCAGUUAAAUAUCUUUGUUUGUGUUUUGCCCCACAUUGCAGACCAUGUUUUGUUAAUACCCUCUUCAUAAUGCCUUAAAAAUGCAGUUAUAUUGCCUUAUUAGCUAUGCAUAAUGUAUUUUAGUAAGAGGGUAUUCAUAGAAAUUGUUAACGGGAUUUUCUCUGUCCCAGUCAUCGAAGUGGCAUCAGGGGAGUAUGGAGAUUGGAAUAGUGUUCUGUUUGAGGCGGUCCAGGGUGGAAUGUGUGCCAUAGAGGAGAAAAAUUACUCAUGUGACAAAAAAGACACAUCAGCUGUUUGUCCAACAAAGUGCCUCAAGGUGAGUACUAAUGUUACAUACAACUGAGAAUCACUAAGGAAUAAGCCCCAUUCACUGACACACACAUACACACACACACACACACACACACACACACACACACACACACACACACACACACACACACACACACUCACACGCAGACUUUAAACAGUGGCACUCUGUUUUGUCUUGACAUGCCCCCGUCUGUCUCUUUUCACAGGACUCAGGAGCCAUUGAGAGCCAUUCAUUUGCCACAAGCACUUUGACACAGUUUUGCAUUCUCUUCAAUAGAACGUUGAUAACAAUAUGUCGAGACCAGGUAUGUGAGUAGAAUUACAAGGGGGUCCUCGGGUAGCUGGGUGCUAACAGGUUGCAAUAGCAUGCAUGUAAACAUCAACUUGUUGGGCUAGUUUUAAGCCUAGCCAUGGAUUAGUGGAAAAGGCACUUUUAAAUGAGAUUCUCCAUUGAGCAUGCUUUUAAACCUGCCCUAUACAUACAUCAGUGACAUGAGGAUGAGUGAAUUGUAUAGGAGAGGAGGGCGUCCAUGCCGUUAGUCAUUGUGAGCAUUUCUGUUUCAGGUGUUGACACACCUAAGGCUGAUGUCACACAUCUCUAUAGGAAUACUGAUCGGCUUGCUCUACUUGAACAUCGGCAACGAUGCCAGCAAGGUCUUCAACAACACCGGCUUCCUCUUCUUCUCCAUGCUCUUCCUCAUGUUCGGAGCUCUGAUGCCCACCGUGCUCACAUGUGAGUUGACAGAAUUGUGAGGGGGACUUGUUCAUUAAUCAGUAUUGUUAGGCUUAUAUGCAUUCAAAGGGUGUACGAACUUUGCAGUCAAUGGUUUUGUCCUUAAAUGGCACCCUAUUCCCUGGUCAAAAGUAGUGCACUAUAUAGAUAAUAGAAUAGAAUAGAGCCAUUUGGGAUGCAACCAAUAUGUUUUCUGUUUCUGUAAGCCUUUUCACAAUGCAUGUUCUUAGCCUAGACCCUAGGGCUAUCAUUAACUCUAGGUUUAAACAAGCUAGCUUACCCUGAAGGGUCACACAAGCGUUUGUUAACUCUGCUAGGCUAACUAAAACCAAUGUCAAUUAAUCUUUAUUUAUUUAGUCAGGGUAGUCCAUUGGAUAGUCCAUUCAGCAACAAACAUCAUUGUUUCCCAGGGAUCCCCUAGGAUCCAUGACAUUGGUAAGUAUAUUAAAGAAGGCAGACUGUUUAAUUAUUGUUUGCUGUUUCUUAAUGUCUGACCUGCAGUUCCUCUGGAGAUGUCAGUUUUUCUGAGGGAACAUCUAAACUACUGGUACAGCCUGAAGGCUUACUAUCUGGCUAAGACCAUGGCUGACAUGCCAUUCCAGGUGAGUUGGUCAUCCAAACAAAGCAGGCACACAGCAGAAUGUGUGUGUGUGUGUGUGUGUGUCUCAGAGAACCCAACAGCAUAAUACAACAUAGAUACAGCAGUGCCACCCAGUGUUUAUGUAUAGUACGGCCCUCUCUUCCCCAGGUCCUCUGCCCCAUCAUGUACUGCAGUAUAGUGUACUGGAUGACAGAUCAGCCUCCGGAGGCCACCCGCUUCUUGCUCUUCCUUGCCCUGUCCAUCUGCACGGCCCUGGUAGCCCAGUCACUAGGGAUCCUGGUUGGUGCUGCCUCCACCAACCUCCAGGUACCUGCUGGAUCUAACUAAACGCUAACUAAUGCUAAUGUUUCACCAUCUAGCUAAUUUUCUUAACACUUUGCAAUGGCACAUGUAGCCUUCAUGGGUGUGCGUCUCCUAGUCUGUACACACAGCAUUUUCCUACCCUAGCGCAACCUAAACAACGUAAUGACUUAAUUUGCCAUCUGUUUGCAUGAACAGCCGGAUCUACUUUUUGUCCACGAGCACCAUUAAAUGACUUGUCGCUUGCAAUGUGUACAGACCAUUAGCCCCUCUCCCUGCCUAUCUUUCCACAGGUAGCCACUUUCGUCGGCCCCGUCACUGCCAUCCCUGUCCUUCUCUUCUCGGGCUUCUUCGUCAACUUUGACACCAUUCCCAAGUACCUGCAGUGGAGCUCCUAUGUGUCCUACGUCAGGUAUGUCCCACUUGUGCUGGAGUCUGGUCUAGUGGUAGCGCUGCUGACCUUGAACUACACAUGACAUGACCACUAGCGGUGGAGGUUCGACCCCGGAGUCCAACGCUUUACGUCUUCUACCUAUAACUGUCUCUACUGCUCACUUCAUGCCUGUUUAUCUCAAUAAAAUAUGAAAAGAGAGAGGGGGUCAAAUGUCCCAAUGCAUCUUUGCAUUGUAUUGACCUGUAAAUAAUAACAAUGCAGGUACCAGUCGUCUGGUUUCAUCUAGAUUUUAGACCAAUUAGUCUGUGUUGUCUCCCAGGUACGGCUUUGAGGGGGUGAUCCUGUCCAUAUACGGGAUGAACCGUACCUAUCUGUAUUGUCCGGGGAAAGUGUGUAAGUUCCAGAAGCCUGAGGAGGUCCUCCAACUGUUGGACGUGGAGGACGCCAAGCUCUACAUGGACUUCAUCGUUCUGGGGAUCUUCUUCGUGAUCCUCCGAUUCGCCACCUACCUGGUGCUGCGCUACAAGGUCAAGUCAGAGCGAUAGAUCUCACCCUCAAGGCCCCGCACUGUUCUGUGCAAAGCUACUGUACUGUACCACGUGGGUCCCAGAUCCAGUUUAUAUAUCAAUACCAUAAAUCGCUGCUUGGAAAAACUGGAAUAUAUCACUUUUCUCUGUUGAAGUCAUGAUGGGACCAGAGAAGGGACAUCUUCCAACAAACAUAAUAGUUUUACCUCAGCAAGUAGGACUCUAAGCAUCUGCAUGUACAGUAGGGUGAGACUGAUGAGGUCACACAGACUCUUCAAAGGACUGACCUGCAGAAACAACCAAAAACAGAGAACGUUUACAUAUCAUUUAGCCUUGGCAUAGCCAGAGGACAUUCUACUGUUGCACUGGAGUGUGUCUGUUUUUAAAGACAGAAUUAAUGAGUAUUGUAAUCAUGUGUUGAUUCAAUUUCCUCAACUGAACAGAACUAUUCACUUUUCUUCCUACUAUCUUUCACUCUCAUCUAUGGUUUC